AAGAUAUUGUUUUUUUCUUCCUUCUUUCGCUUUUUUAUUUAUUUAUUUAUUUAAAUUUACUAUUUUAUUAUUGUUUGUAUUACUAAUUUAUAUACUCCAAGGGUACAUUUAUUACAUUAGUUAAAAACUAUAUACUCAACAUGACUACCAUGCGUUCAUUAGAAGAAUAUGACAUCUCACCAGUGACAGGGUUUUUACCACCUGAACCUCCUUUACGUCGACUUGACAACCCUUAUUUUUUACCUUGGGAGACUAUGAUGGAUGAUUUUAAUGGUCUUCUUUUGGCUGGCAAACUACGAGAAAAGAUCCUCAAGAUGCCUUUAUUGGAUUAUAAAUACCUAAAUACCAUUCAAGAAUAUAGAAGAGCUUUCCUGAUUCUAUGUAUGUUAUCUCAUAGUUACAUAUGGGGUAAACAUGAAGAAGCAUCUGAAACUUUACCCGCAAAUUUAGCUGUUCCUUGGACUGGUAUUGCUGAAGAACUUGGUCUUUGUCCUGUUGUAUGUCAUGCUGCUGUUGUAUUAUGGAAUUAUCGUUUACUUGAUUCUGAAGGUCCAAUUGAACUUGCUAAUUUGACAACCCUUGCCACUUAUUCUGGGUCACUUGAUGAAUCUUGGUUUUACUUGAUAACAACAGCUAUUGAAAGUGCAGGUUCCAAAUGUCCUGCGGCCAUUCUCUCUUGUGUAAAUCAUGUAUGUGAUGGUAAUUAUGAAGGAUUAAGAUCAGACUUGACAACGAUUCAUGCUGCAUUGAUGGAUAUCAACGUUGUUCUUCAUCGUAUGUUUGAAAAAUGUGACCCAUAUGUCUUUUACUGGAAAAUCCGUCCUUAUUUGGCUGGAUGGGAAAAUAUGGCAGAAGCUGGACUUCCUCUUGGUGUGAUAUAUGAAGGUGUAGAUUCUCUUUGGUCAGCUGAAACUGAUGAAUAUGGGGAUAUUAGCCAUCUUACAGAAGAAGAACGUUUAUUACGCCAAUAUCGUCGUUAUGCUGGUGGAAGUGCUGCUCAGAGUAGUUUGAUUGCUGCUUUUGAUGUUGCUUUUGGUGUACAACAUCAUCCUGUGGGUGAAAAAUCAUCAUCAACCUCUUUACCACCUAUCAUUAACAACAACAACAAUAAUAAUUCAACACCUUAUUCACCUGUUGAUAAAAAUGAUCGUUAUCGUCACUUACCUCUGACUCGACCUGCUGAUGAACUUGAUCAUUCUGGAACUUCCUCAGGUGCCACUACUCCAUUACCGCCUUACAAACGUACCAAUCGUAAUGCAUUUUUACGAGCUAUGCGCAAAUAUAUGCCAGCACCUCAUCGUCAAUACCUGGAAGAUUUAGAAACGGCAUCGAAUAUUCGUCCUUUUAUGAUGCAUCUGGAGGCUCUCUUUCAUAGUGGCGAAAUUACUGAUGAAGAAUGUGAACUAGUGGAAUUAUACAAUGAAUGUUUACAUCAACUCAAGUUAUUCCGUGACAAGCAUGUACAAAUCGUUAGUCUUUAUAUUGUCAAUCAAGCAAGAAAAGGGCCCAACAUCUCUCACGGUGGUUUUGCAAUGGAAAAGAAAGCAGAUAUCCCUCAACCUUCAUCAUCUACAGGCUCAGACAAUGGAAAACCAGCACCAAAGAAAACUUUACAUAACAUGUUAUAUCCGCAAACAGCCUUGGAAACGCAUCCUGGUAUACGUGAUGGCUCUCCUUCGGCUAAGAUCAGUUCUCUUUUCCCUCAACUUGGUUUGGCCAAACAUGUUGAUCCUAAAUCGGGUGUGGUACGAGGCACAGGGGGUACGAAUGUCAUGCCCUUCUUGAAACAAUCAAGAGAUGAAACUGCCGAGAUGAAGAUCGCUUUGGAAAAGGUACAACAAUUAGCACAAGAAACUCUUGAAGAAACGAAAUCUUGGACCGAUAUGUUAUUACGUAGAUAGUGAUCUUAUUUAUUUAUUUGUUCAUUUUUUGAUGAUGAUCUAUUUUAUAUUAUUAUUAUUAUUAUUAUUAUUAUUAUUAUUAUU